AUGGGAUAUCCACAAUCAUUUAAACCGGUGUCUAGCAAAAUAGAAGAUAACAUUGUUAUCACUUCUGGACCUUUUGCUAUCAAGGACAAGCUUAAUGUUGGUUCUAGAAUGGCCCUCUUCAAAUAUGGAACUGACAUUAUAGUUUGGUCGGCACUCCCAUACGGCGAGCAAGUAAUUGAAGCAUUAAAGUUAUUAUCGGAUGAGCCAAAUCCAAAUGUCACGCAUUUAAUCAUUCCAAAUAAUCAACAUAUUAUGGCAGCCGAAUCAUUUAAAGUGCAAUUCCCUAACUUAAAGAUUCUUUCAACUGAACAAGUUGAUUUGGGUGAAAAUGUUUCAGUUGACUAUAAAUUCACAAACGAAUAUGGAAAUAAAGUACUUCAAAGUAAGGAAUUGCAAGAAAUUGGAAUUAAAGAAGAUUCUAUCUUGAACAAUUUUGAAUUUGUAUACUUGAGUACUCAUAAAAAUAGAGAAUUAAUGGUUUAUGAAAAGAAAUCAAAGACCUUAUUUGGAGCAGAUUUAAUUUUUAAUGUUGACUACGAUGGAAAGUCAGAACAAUAUUGUGAGAAAACUGGAUAUGCACCUGAUCAUUACCAGCAUGCUGGAUGGUCCUUCAUCACUCGUUACUUGAACCCAGACAGUAGAAUCGGGAUUUAUCUUAUGAAUAGAGUAUCUGUAAGUGCGUUGCCAAGCUCAAAAGAAGGAUUGAAGGCUGUUUAUAGUUUGAACUUUGACAGAAUUGUUAUGUGUCAUGGAAAUAUUAUUACACAAGAUGCUAAAGAAGCAUUCUAUAAAGUUUUCAAAGAUUCCUUAUAA